GAACAACUGACUGCGGAAGGGCAUCCAUUACCUUCAGAAGUUACCAUAGCAUAUAAUUUUGAAACAAACUCAAUAGAUUUUAAAGUCAUCUCUGCAAAGAAGUCAGGUUUUACAUUUAAUGAAGCAGAUGUAUAUUCGAAUGAAAACUUCAAAGCUAUUGCAUGGUUAGAUAAUGACGAUUGCUUUAAGAAAAUAUUUAAAUUCAGUGACUCAACGAUGUCAAUAGAUGACCUUCGUGGAAUGUUACCAUCGACGUUUACAGUAGAAGGUUCAGCAGGAUUGCUUACAAGAUUGUCAAUUGGUGGUAUUUGGUCUCGUGAGAACAUUGUUAUAAAAUCCAGUAUAAGUGAAUUUGCUGAAGAAUCUAUAUUAUGUCUUUCAAACUACAUGUAUUCGCCGCCGAAGCAUUAUAGUAUAACAAACUUUGUCAGUAAGUUUAACAUAAGACUUGUCGAACCUUCUUCAAUGAAAGAUGUUGUGCUACCUAAAGAUGGAAAGGAUGGACUCAUUAUUGAGAUGAUUUUAAUUGCAUAUUAA